CGAAAUUCUGAUCAAUAGCAAAACUGCUUCAGUACCAGCAUGUCCAGACCACGUAGUCCGAGUGCGCGCGACAGCCCCUCGGAGCAAUCGCCUUCAUCUUCAAAGCGCUCUCGCCUGUCAUCGCCCACCGGAGGAUCUCCAGGAGGACUCAGCUCGAUUCAAUCGCCAUCGUCCAUUGCUGCGUCAAGGCUAUCAGGCAGCCAUGGCACCCUGCGUUCCGAUGCGUUAGCCAUGGAUACGGAUAUAGAUGAUCACCAUAGAAACAAGGACAACAAAGACCACACCCGCUCGUCCUCGGAUCGCGACCGUCAACACCGCGACAGGGAACACAGAAGUGAUAGAGAUCGAGAACGGCACAAGGACAGGAGUCGUGAUAGAGACAGGGAAAAAGAUCGUGAUCGGGAACGGGACCGGCAUAGAAGCGACAGAUCCAAAGAGCGUGACCGCGACCGAGACAGGGACCGCGAUCGCGAGAGGGCAAGGAAUCGACAUAGAUCCCGAUCAAGAGACCGUACACGCGAGCAUGGACGGGACCGUGAAAAGGAUAGCAAAGGCAGCAGAGACCGUCACGACAGCAGAGAUCGACGAGAUCGUGAUCGAGGCAGAGACCGGCAUGGCGAGCGGGGGCGUGAUCACAGUCGCGAUCACAGCGGCCGCGACAAGCUAGAGCCUUCAGAGCAGCCACGUUCGUCGUCCAGGCCGCUCGAGGAAAGGGAGAGGAGUUCGACGCCUACCACAGAAACUACCAUCACAGCAAGCACACACACCAACACUAACACUAACACUAACACUAACACCAACACCACCUUCACACCAGCGGAGACGACCAUGUCGACGAUGCAGCCAGCAUCCUUCGUCCCCGUUGAGAUUGCGCCUCAAGCACCCAAAAUAAAAACACCUAUUUCAUUGUCAAUGUCAUCAAAAAUGUCUACUACCCCGGCACCACGCACCAUUUCCGCUGCAUUCGGCGACUCGGAUGUUAUUCCACAAAAACACUAACAAGCUCUGCGGAGGAUUCGUCUGCACCUGCUGCGCCCUCUAAACCUUGGAGCUGGGACGAGGACGAUGAGGACGAGGACGACUCUAGCGCG